CAAAGCUCCAAGAUUGUGAUUGAGAAAUUGACCAAAAAUGUGACCGAGGCUCAUCUACGAGAGAUAUUUGGCGCUUACGGGCGCAUUGAAUCCAUUGAUCUACCUCUGAACAAACAAUUCAUGACGAACAGAGGGACAGCUUAUGUCCUGUAUGACCAUCCAUCCGGAUCAGAAUCGGCUAUUACUCACAUGCACGAGGCACAACUGGACGGAGUUGUAAUCGCU